CAGCUUUGGUUUCCCAUUGCCUACGCAUGUACAUAGAGUAUAGAUAAUUCUUACAUAAUAGCCAUCCACUUAUGUAAUAAAAUAGGAUAAGUAGUUUCCUCGAUGUUGUAAGUAACCUUCUUGUGUGUUUGGAUUUUCUCAACAUGAAUGACGAUCAUCGUUGUACCGAUAAGAAAGAUGAAGACUUGACAGAUGUUGGUUCAACCAACGACCAUACAGUUGAUGAGUCUCAAGACGAAGAACAACUUCCUAGUUGGGAAGACUUGGCCAAUAUCCAGUUUUCUAUAUCUUUCAAUCCUAAGGAUUAUGCCAAACCGUUCUUUUAUGGUGGUUUAGGUUUAUUUACGGUGGGUUUAGCUGCAGGUACUGUUGUUUCUGGAGUUACUAAACCACCACCACCACCAACAACAACAACAAAAGAAAGAACACCGGAAAUGAUGCUGGCUGCUAGGGCAGAAGGCUUUCGUCUAGCUUCCAAAGCAUUGUUAUAUGGUACUUGCUUAUGUGGUAUGUUUGCAGUAGUAGGCGUUUAUACCAUUCACAAAGUGGCACAUGUCAACAGUGUGGAAGAAUGGGUGGAAAAGUUGAAAGUUUGGGUACCACAAAAGAGAGCUACCAUGGAACAAAAGUUACAACCCGUAUUGGAUAGAAUACGAGAUACUGGAAAUAGUACUAUUCCAAGUCAAUGGCAGAGUUGGCAACGAUGGUUUCAUGAUGCAAGUUUUGGAAAGUGGUUGGUACGAAAAACAAAAUAUGGAUGGAAUGAGAAACCUCAUAAGGAAGAUUCUUCUACUCAUGAUGAAUAGGAUUCGAUUCAGUAAUAUGAUGUAUUCAAAUAGGAAUGGUUUUAUACAAUUUAGAUAGAUAUUGUAUAUCUUGUUGUAACUGUUGGACCUUUUCGAUAUAAGUUUUAGCCAAUAAACGAUAUUUCUCGUCAACACGAUUCGAAAGGGAAGGAGCGAGGGAAAUACUUAAAUGAGGAGU